AUCAAGGUGCCUUUCCAUUUCCCAUCGAUAAGGUGUUACAACUGUUCUUGACGUCUUUGCAGCGCAUCCAGACAGCUCUAUUAUCGUCUUAUUAAGAGACAGAGGGCCAAGGAAGACGAGGCAACAGGUGUAGCGAGUGGUGCUAGAAUGAACGAUAUGUUUUGGGGACUCUUUGGCCCUCUGCCGCACUUCAUGGAGUCGGACAGCAAAAGUUUCCAGCUCUGGCGAGACUAUAUGGGACUAUCGGACACUGUUCGAGAGAUCCAGGGGCAGGACAGCUCCAAUGAGUCCUCGAUACCAGGCUCGUGUACUCCGCAAUCGGAAACUGAAGAUCUGUGCAUGGCCCUGGGGUCUGUGCGCAUUAACGCAGUGAGCCAAAGUGGCGCCAUGGGGGCAGAUUUGGUUCCAGAUUUCCCCAGCGCACUGACCGGCUGUGCCGCGCAUCAUCAGCAGGAUGACGGACUGUGCGACGCGCUUGGCGAGGAAGACUUAAAGCACCCGUUCAGAGCCACGGGCCCACGGGGGACCAAAGACCGCAAAAAAGCAACUCGCUCCAAGGCGCCGGAGCUUGCGGCACCUCCGUCACCUGGACGCAUGUUCUGCAGCUUUUGCAAGCACAACGGGGAAUCGGAGUUGGUGUUUGGUUCCCACUGGCUGAAGAACCAGGCUGGAGAUGUGCUGUGUCCCUACCUGCGGCAGUACGUGUGUCCGCUGUGCGGCGCCACGGGGGCCCAAGCUCACACCAAGCGCUUCUGUCCCCUGGUGGACAGCGCGUACAGCUCGGUGUACGCCAGGUCCAGGCGCUGAGGCACCAGGUGGCACUGAUGUACCACAGGGAGGCCAGGCAGUUCAAAUUAGGUCGAAUGGUUAAUUUGAUGUUUGUAGAUUUGUGUUUAACCCCGUGUGAUGACCUUUAACCCUUUAAUUAUUACCUUGCAUUUGUUUUGCGUGUUUUCUUAUAAGCUUGCUUUUGAUUUGCAUGUUGUUUGCUGUGCGCUGUCAACCUGGUUUGAGUUGUGUUCGGACUACUUUGAAAAUGUCUGCUUGGUGGGGGACUCUGUCAAAACAAAACAGAACAAAACAAAAACACCUUCUCCAACGAUUGUCAGAUGUUAAUUCUGAGAAGGGAAAACAUGUUUACGUGUGUGAUAAAUGUUUGUUUUACGUAUUUUAAAACGUGGCCGACUGACGCCUAGUUAUAUAUUUUUCUGUCCAUGCACUGAAAGAUUACACUAUAUUUCUAUAAAAAUGUAAUGGAUACAGCAAUCAGUAACACCUUUACUACAUAUCAGCAUCAUGUGACCAUACCAACAUUUUAAAUUUUUUUAAAUAUGAGUGACCUGUUCGUGACGUGUGCUGCUUUAUACCUGUUCUUCAAGUUUAAUUUUUCAUGUUGACAAUGUGUGUGCCUAUUUAGGGAUUUGAACACAAGCAUGUCUCAUCACUUUGUUUGCAAUGUCAAUUACUGUAUAUACAGUUAUAUAGUUAAAUAAUAUCUUCAUCAACAACC